AUGUGUGUCUUUGUGUGUAUUCAGCGAGCUCAUGUGCGUCUCGUCUUUUCCUUUCAGUUCCCCGAACAUUCGCUGAACAAGCUGAACGAGCGGCUGAUCCUGUUCCGCCACGACUACGACUCGCCCAACAUCCUGCAGAUCAUCAACGCCGCCUCCGAGGUCACGCAGGACACGCUCAUCGAGAUCGUCAUGUCGGCUCACAACCCUUCAGACGAGGUGCAGAUCCGGCCUCACAUGCUCUACGUCCACUCCUACAAGACGCCCACCUUCUGCGACUUCUGCGGGGAGAUGCUGUGGGGCCUGGUGCGCCAGGGCCUCAAGUGCGAAGGCUGCGGCCUCAACUUCCACAAGCGGUGCGCCUACAAGAUCCCCAACAACUGCAGCUAUGCGCGCCGCCGCCGCACGUCGUUCCAGAACAUGCCGCGCUCGCCCUCCGACUCGCUCAACUCCCUGCACCACGAGUCUUCUCUCGAGGGGGAAGCCCCCGUGGUAAGGGACAUGGCCUCCCUCGCUGUCACUUCAACAACUUCCAGCCCAAACAUGAAGUCUGGUCGGUCUUCCUUCAGUGGAUCAGUCGGGAGACCGGCCUGGGUCGAGAAAGAGCUUGCUGGGCGUAUCAAGGUCCCGCACUCCUUUGCAUUGCACAGCUACACCACGCCCACCAUUUGUCACUACUGCAAGAAGCUGUUGAAAGGGUUAUUCAGGCAAGGUGUGCAAUGUAAGGACUGCAAGUUCAAUGCACACAAGAAGUGUUCAGAGCGAGUCCCCAAAGACUGCACAGGGGAAGCGCCGAAGAAAGAUGGCGUUUCAGGCGAGGAUGGCGAUACAGGUUCUGACGUUCCUGCGGAUGAGGAGAGUGAUACAGACUCACCCCCAGAUGGAGAUGUGGUAGAUGAUGAGCCAGUGGUUGGACGAGGGCCAGACAGUCCAUCAUCAAGUAACAACAUUCCGCUGAUGAGAAUCGUGCAAUCGGUCAAGCACACCAAAAGGCCGUCGAAGGUGCUAAAAGAGGGCUGGAUGGUCCAUUUCACCAACAAAGACAGUAUGCGCAAGAGGCACUACUGGCGACUAGACACGAAGAGCAUAACUCUGUACCAGAAUGAGACCAGCACCAAGUACUACAAGGACAUCCAGCUCUCUGAGGUGCUCAACAUAGAAACAGCAAAACAGGCGCAGCCAGCAGAUGUGAGCAGGGGAGUGAUACACUGCUUUGAGCUCCGCACAGCUAAUGUCGAUUACUAUGUUGGAGAGGAGCCCAUAGGCAAGAAGGAUGGAACACCAGUUGUCAAUCCCCCAGAGAGUGGUAUUGGACUAUACCUAGCAAAGGUUUGGGAGAAUGAGAUUCGCAAGGCCCUGAUGCCUGUGACGCCACAGGCCAGCAGCACUCCCACACACCCACAGCAAGUGGGUAUGGACAAGGAGGAGGCCACCUGCAAUGACAUUUCACAGAUCUACCAGAUCUUCCCUGAUGAGGUCUUGGGAUCAGGACAGUUCGGCAUUGUGUAUGGAGGUGUUCACCGCAAAUCGUCAAGAGCUGUGGCCAUCAAGGUAAUCGACAAGCUUCGGUUCCCCACCAAACAGGAAGCUGCCCUGAAGAAUGAGGUGGCCAUCUUGCAGAAUCUUAGCAACCCGGGAGUGGUCAACUUAGAGCGUAUGUUUGAGACACCUGAAAGAAUCUUCGUGGUGAUGGAGAAGCUGAAGGGCGACAUGCUGGAUAUGAUUUUGUCUUCGGAUCAGGGAAAGCUUUCCGAGCGUAUCACAAAGUUCCUAAUCUAUCAGAUUUUGGCUGCCCUGAAACACCUCCACAGCAAGAACAUUGUUCACUGUGAUCUGAAGCCAGAAAAUGUUCUGCUCUCCACAGACAGUGACUUCCCUCAGGUUAAGUUGUGUGAUUUUGGAUUUGCUCGCAUCAUUGGAGAAAAGUCCUUCAGAAGAUCUGUGGUUGGAACACCAGCAUAUUUAGCUCCUGAGGUCCUGCGCAACAAAGGUUACAACAGGUCCCUGGACAUGUGGUCUGUUGGAGUGAUCACAUAUGUCUCUCUCUCGGGCACCUUCCCCUUCAACGAGGACGAGGACAUUAAUGACCAAAUUCAGAAUGCAGCUUUCAUGUAUCCCCCAAACCCUUGGAAGGAAAUCACACAAGACGCCAUUGAUCUUAUCAACAACCUUUUACAAGUGAAACAGAGGAAACGCCUCACAGUGGACAAGUCCUUGGCUCAUGUAUGGCUGCAGGACUACCAGUGCUGGUGUGACCUCCGUGAGCUGGAGAGGAUAGUGGGCAUCCGCUACAUCACUCAUGAAUCGGAUGAUGCGCGGUGGGCGUCCUACAGGAGAGUGGGCUCUUCUCCCAUGUCCCCCUCACCAGAAGCCACAGAGGAUGUGUUGGCUGCAUAGCUGCAUAAUAGUUAUAGUGAAAAAAAUUGAAAAUAUAUAUAUAUGAAGGCAGUGCCCCACUCUGUGGACUCUUAAGCUAUGUAAAAAUAUAAAAGAAGGUAUUACCCUCUUUGUUAAGGCUGUAAAAUGGAUCCAGCAGUUUGGAAGAUGCGAGGUUGACAGUUUGAAUGGGCAAUUGGUUUUGUUUAUAAGACGAGGACAAAAUGCAUGUAGAAUAGCUGGUUUAAAUGAUGUGGGAAAGAGUGUAAUGAAGUUGCCUUUUACCUAUUAGCCUGGUUAUUUAAAAAAAAAAGAAAAAAAAAAGAAAAAAGUUAGCUCUGAACAAAGGGGACAGGGUUUAGUAGUUUUUAUGCAUUCUGGAUUAGUUAUGAUUCAAAAGCUUAUGUAUGAAUGACAUAUUGCAGACCAUUAUUGGAUGAAUCCCUAAAUGGGUAUAUUUUUUAAAAAGGCUGUACUUAGUGUGACAAAAGUGCACAGUAUGACUCAAGAUCCACUUGUAACUUGUAUUCCAAAUCUACAAUUAAUGUUCAUCAGGGAAAUAGAUAAAGUCAAGUGUAUUUCCUCAUUAAUUUUGCCAUUGAUUUUGUGGUUCCAAUGAGUCCAGUGUAGUCCACUGUGCUUUACGGUUUGUUCAGCAAAAUCAUACCUCGGGAAGGUUUUUGAUCUAGAGCCCAGAUUUUAUUUGUGAACCACAUUUGGUCUUGCUGACUGAAGAGCUCAAAAGGAGGCGUAGAAUAACCUAGCAUAACAUAUGUACGUAUGAUAUUUUUCAUGUUUUGUUUUGUUUUUGUUUUUUAAAGACAUUCAGGUCAGAGUUGUGAAAUAUAUAUGUAAAAAAGAAGAUUGCUCAUUAGACAAAGAGGAAAAAUAGAGCACGUGAUGUUAGUUCAUCAUAACCUGCAGUGAGUGAAUGCAGGUAAUUGAAUAUGUGAUGAUGAGAAGCUCAAGACUUGGCAGUUUUCCCAUUCCAAGUGACCCAGUAAGAAGAAAUUUAAGAAAAACAAGUAAACUGGGAGGAACAGCUGUCUACCUUGCUAAGAAAUAAAUUUAUUGUUUCAUAUUGAAGUUAAUCACUGGGAUCUGCCAAGGAGAGGUUGUCUUGUAUAUUUUUUAGACAUUAUUAUUAUCAGUGUGUCUAAUUAAGGGUAUGUGGAAUUCAGCUGUUUCUUGUGUGCAACUUAAUUUUCUCUCUCACUCUCACAAAAUAGAGUAUUGGUAUAUUAUGUGUCGGAGAUCACUAGCAAAACAUAAUGUAGGAAGCACUUGUGUCCUUUUUUAUCUCUGAACAAUUACAUCCUUCUUGAUUUUAAAACACUUCAUAGUUGUUUUUUUCCAAGAUAUGAUGUAUAUGUGGUCCUAAAAAUGUAAUUACAAGUUUGAAUGUUUUUCACACUAUUUGUGACUGAAACUUUCAUCUUUUUUGGUGUUAUUCUUUUAAAGUUAAUAGAUAAAGUGUCCAGAAGUGGUGAGAAGGUUACAACUUGCCAGAAAAGGAUGCAUGAUAGCAAUAUUAUCUCCAGGUCAUUAUCAAUAUUAUUUUUACAUAAACAUACAGAUGAACAUGCACAAAUGCAUUAACGCAUGCUUAUACAUGCGUAUAGACACUUACAAGCACAAAUAAUCAUACAUGAACAUAAAUACACAGGAAUACAUUCUUUCAUACAGGCAUAUAGUAAUGACCCAUUUAUGAAAAAACUACAGUGUAUCAUUGUAUGUUUCAUUGGCAGCAGGUCUAUUAUAUGAGAGUAUGAUGUAUGAAAUUUGCAUAUGAUAUUUAAGGUGGGAAAGGAGUAUUUUGACUUUUGCCUAGUUUGAUGUCAUAUUCCCCAGAACAGCAGAUGCUUGUGUGAUACUCAAAAAGCAGACACUGUUCAUAAACAGAAGAUCUUUGGCAACAAUUUCAUGUCUUAAUAUGCUCAAAUGUUGAUGCACAUCAUCAAUAAAGUGUGGCACAACUACCAUUCAACAGUAAUUGGUAACAAGAAUUGUUUUGAUUGAUUUCAAAAUGGGGCUUCCAGUACCAUGAUACCUAGCUUUGACCUAGGUCUGACUGACAGUAUUAAUGCCGUGUGCUGAGUUUGUUGCAAAUCAUUCGUAAAGAUAGUUGAGUACCUCUGCAAUUGGUGGUAAUGUAGCAAAAGAAGCAUGUUAAGGUGUUCAAGGAAUGUUAUAAACAGAUUUAUAAUAAUUUCAGUGUUUGACAAUACUUAAGUGUUAUGGAACAGAUAUAAUAACAGCAUAUUAUUAUUGCCAUUGCUCUUUUACAAGGAGCUAAAUAUCAUGAUUUUGAAAGAUGUUCUGUACCUUUGUAAGUUCUAAACAUACAGUAUAUAUACACACAGUUAUAUGAACAUGCAAAAUCACACAUGGUAUUCUGUCUUUUUUCUUUUUAUGAUUAUUAUUUUUAAAUCUCUCUAUUCCUUCUUCUCUUUCCUUCAGUACAUUUACAUAUGCAUAUCAUUUGUAUAUAAUGAAAUUUACUCUCAUAAUAAAAACAAACAGAUUUUAUAUGUUCAUUGUGCUCAGAAAUUCAUUGUGAAAAUGAGCUAGGAAAUUUACACUAAAGAGAAAAGUACUUCAGAAGUCAUCUUCAAAUAUUAUGGUUAUUUUUUAUUACAUAUAAUGAAUUCGCAUAAGAGAAGUGAUAACCAAAUUCUAAGUGUGAUUGAGAAGUAUGACGUUAAAAGUUGUGGAGACUAGAAGAGCACAAAUGGACUUCUCCCUUCCUCCCUUUCUUUAUGGUUAUCAUCGACACACUAAUGGUUAGCAGUGGUACCAGAUUUUAUUUGCAUAUGCUGUUGCUUUGGUUUAAGAUUAUUUUUUAGAAUACUGUUUAAUAUAAUAAUUAGGAUGUAAUCCAUGGUUACUCUGCUGCUUCUUGCUUAACUUUGUUGUAGACAUUCCUUUAUUCUUAUGUUGGUUCCAAUGAAAAUUUGUACUUAGUCUUAUUUUCUUUAUAAAGUUUAAUGUAUGUAAAAUUCAAACAAUUUGAAAGUAAAAUCUCAACAAAAUUUGGGUUGCUUAAUAAAAGUGGUUUUAUAUGGAAGUA